CUAUAAAGGCUGAUCGUUAACUUGGAGAUAUUGGUGGAUUUUGAGUGAUGUGAGAUAUCGAGGGGUUGGAAGUGUACGAGAACAUGAUGGUGGAUGUCUCGGGCAGUCUGUGAAUCCUUGGGGCUAUGAACCAGCCCAGAAGACCACUCAAUGGGGUGUGGGAGGAACACUCAUUUAUUGAGGACGUUAGCCUCGCUGAGUUGAAUGAGCACGACUUGGAAUGAAUCGUCGUGAUCAGGAUCCGCUGCUGAGGCAGCACUGCAGUCGUCUUCUCCAACUUGCUGAAACCACUAACAUUAAACCUGGUCGAGGUAGUGGCAAGAGACGCACUCAGAAAGGCCAUGGAUUCUCCAGCAAUGUCGGCACUGGUGCUCGGAUUACACUCCAGGACAUCGUGAGAAAUGAUCCUGGUUAUACCCCUAAUAUUGAGCAUCUCGUAUUCCCGGAGCGCAAGGGAAGUAAUCCGAAUUUGUCUGGUAAGAGUAGCAAUUCAUCUGCUAAGAUCAAGACCACCAAUGCCACCGCAUCGACUGCCAAAUCUAGACUUGUGGAAGUGUUUGCACGUCCCUAUAUGCGAGGAUCUUCCCUCCAGGACUCAGUUAAUGCAAGGAAUAAUCAUUUCAAUAGUACUUCACUGGACAGUGGGAGUGGUGCUGUAACGGCAGGUCAUCAGCCAGGCUCAGGAUCAUCAAGGUUAUCGAGUCAACGUCGGUGGUUGUCUCAGACAUCUCAACAAUCGUCACGGCAGCAUUCAAAUGAGGAUGGGGGAAGCCACGUGGGCGUCAGCACUGGGACUACGACCUCAUCAUCAGUACAGCAACCUCGAAGAGUCAGUCCCGCGUCGGAUUCUACUGAGAUCGCGGACUCGACAUCCAAUUCGGUCCUCAGAAUCGAUCGCGAAAGAUCCGAUAGGAGUAACAUUUCAAUUCUUCACCUGCGAGGUGCAUCCUCAACAGACAGUUGGGAGGCGUCAAAAGCCUGUCGCGCUAGACCGACAGCCUACAAUCGUACGAGUUCAAUUCCCAACGCAAAACGUCACGAGCCAUCCCCAAAAGGCAGUGUAACAAGCAUCGUCAAUAUCUCAUCACCAGCAGCCCCUCGAAAUCACCACUGCCGCGAGGGAAAUCAUCGCCGUCGUGACGCCUCAAAUUCAUUCUUCACCGGUAGCAGCGGUACAUCCGGUGAAUUGUUCAUCAGUGGUGAAUGCAGCCGUGAAUUGUCUCCAGUGCGCUGGUGUGAUCGCGAAGUUGACGGUGUUUACCUGGGUAGAUCGGGAUGGGUGCAGGUACAGCAGAGAUCACUCGAUGAAAAUCGUAAAAGCAAUUACGAGGCCAAACAUCAAAAUCAAAUAACCAACACUAGUACAAGUGGAACAAUUCCACUGUCCCGACGUGCUGUCAAACUAUCCGACUACCACUGCACCAACAGCGAGCCAGGAAAAUGUCCAGACUACACCAGAAGCUUAACCCUGGACUCGACACCACGUCCCGACUUUUUGAAGCUACAGAGCGCUGAUUACGAACCACCGAGUGGUGGUACCUCACCCCACAGUAUCGAGUCAUUCUCUCCACCCUCAGUCACCCCUAUCAUCUCUCCCCCACCGGCCUUCCAGGAUGUGGCCAAAAAAACUCGUUCACGUAACACCGGUUACCCAAAAGCUCCAUUCCUCCCUCGAUCAAAUGCCAUUAUCGACAGCGAUGUUAUCAGUCCACCUGCCUCACCGCCCCCAAAAAAUUGGGGAUCGCAAACGAGAAAAGUUAGUGGAACACCAAUUAAACCGAGACCGAGGCGUCAAUCACAAAUGGCUAGUGGCAAUCAUCAGAAAUCAUUGGGACAGGACAAGUAUCGUUUGCUCUCGGCAAAAUCCCUUGAGGAUCAAUCCACCACCAGGAGAAUACAAUUUGCCCAGAGAUAUCGGGAGUCUUCCUCGUCUUCGUCCUCGUCCAUGGGUUUCAGGAGUCUCGAUAGCUUUGUCAGUCGCAGCACGAUGCCAAGACUUGCUGAGAACACUGACUCGUCGGUGGAGGGAUACGAGGAUGGGGAUGAGGAUGACAAUCCGGACUCAUCCUUGAAUCUUGGAGUGAAGUCUCCGAGCCCCCUCGAUUCAUCCCCAGACGGGAAGACUAUCAGUCAGGAGAGGCUGGGAAGGAAGCCCUUGAGGAAGUCCCCCGGGUCAUCCGAUGCAGGAAAAUUGUCCUUCGACUCGACCUCUUCGUCGUCGUCACCGUCUUCCUCAUCGACCAGUGGCACUGGCAGAUCACCCAACAGUUUCAAACGAUCAGGUCAGAAUCGGGGACAUCAGGGCUUCAGGAAUACACUGGGAUCACCAGAUUCUCUGCAGACCUCCAGAGUCAGGCGGUCCAAGAGCCUCCAACUGCCUGAAAAACGCUCGCCUGGAUCUCAUCAGGCCAGGGAACAUUUCAAUGAAGCUAAUAGAGUCGUUGUCAAAAUCACUGAUAAACCCGCGACAACUGAGAGGACUAGGAGAUAUCCCCUCACUGCUCGUAAGGCUCAGUCGACGGAGGAGGUGUUGAACAUGGAGCUUCUUCGAGAGGCAGAGGUGGUAACGGAGUAUCUGUACGGAACGAGAACUAGAGCACCUGCCAGGAGUCACGUACCGAGUCAUUUUGAUGACACGCAGGAGAGGCACGAGCCCCAUGACAUCUACUUCAUAUCGUCGAAACAACCCCGUCAGGACCGACGAGCCAAGAGUCUGCAACGUGGUGCUACCACCCCAAACACCACGACCCCAAUCAACGACAUCAGCAAAAUGCGGUGCAACACGAGUACUUGCAACUACUGGCCGCACUGUUCGGAGACUCUUUACUCUCCGAAUCAACCGCCCUUGAUGAAACUCUCCCAGAGCUAUCCGACGAAUCGAAGGGUCUCGACGGACAGCAUCAUAAGUCAGUCGAAGGAUCGAACGAGUGCUUCCUCAUCACCGGCGUCACUGGACGUCGUCGAUGAUCGCGAGGGUCGCAACACAGUCACUCGCAAGGAGAUGAAAAUCCCUAUGAAGCAAUCGCCAAAUUACGAGGGAACAACCCGGUGGGAGUACAGGAAUGCUCGUGCAUCACCGGAAGUACUUAAGAACCCUUCGGCGAAUGGAACUUCAUCCGUCACCACGUCCUCCUCGUCGAGCAGUGAUGUAUGGAUAACAACGUCUGACAGAACGGUCACCAAGAGCCCGAAAAAUCCCAAGAGCAGUGGAGGCUCAACACCCAUGGAGGACACCAUUGUAGAAAAAUGUAGUGAUGCUGUUGGAGAUAAGGAGCACGCACGCCCCGGAAGUGCUCCCUCCAAACGGGAAAUAUCACCGGAAGCCCAGGGUACUCUCGAACCCCAUCAGAGAUCCUCUUCUCUUCCCAAGUCUUUUCUCACACUUGAGUCGGCAAUCGAAGGGGAAACGAGUCUACAGACGACGACCGCAACUUGGCACAGGAAUGACGGCUCUAGGAGGUCAACACCUAGCCCUAAUACUCUUCAUCCUGAUGCACCAUCUUCACCGCGAACUGCUCCUGGUUCUCCUUCACCUGGACACCAAUCAAUCCCUCGGAAUAUGGAGAGAAGACGUGGUACCGAGAUUAAUCGCACCCAGCGACGGAUCAAGGCCUCCAGCACGCCAACACUGCUCGAUCCUGAUGAAAGUCGACAGUGGUCGAUAGACGAUGGGCAUCAGUCCCACGAGGAGACACCCAGGAGACGAGAGCUGAGCACAGAGCAUCCCCUGGUGGAGGCAACAAUUCCCCUCGUUCGACACCCAAGACUCCAAGAUGCCACUGGCUCCUCCAACUCCCAGAGUACCGAGACCCCCAGCUAUCGCUCUCGUGACAAUUCCCAGCAGGAAAGUGUCCUUCAGAAAUUUCGCAAGAGUUUUUCCCUUCGAUUUCACAAACGAGGGAGCAAGGAGGGAAGCACCGAUGGCGAUGGCCAAUCAAUUCCCCAACAUCCACCAGCACUACCUCCUGAUGAUGAUGCCGACUCUGCGUUGCGGGGCCUGAGUAUCGAGGGGGACCGAGAGAAUGAAAUUCCUGAGUUCCAACAGCCCCAGCAUAAAGAGGAGUUCGGAGGGGAUCAAAAAUUUCGAUUUGGACCCCUCGUGUGGCGUUCGAGUAAAGAACGAAAAAAACACAAUAAGGCAGCUCGCAAUGCCAAAUGCAACAGUGGAGACAGUGGUAUUCAAAUUGAGAUGGUAUCUGGCGGAGCAUCGACUGGGGGCUGUGGAGGCGGAACGAACAUUGGCGAUAGUUCAGAGUCGCACGACACCGAUCCGCCGGAUGAGACCGACAGUCCGCCGACAUUACGGCGUCGAGUCAAUGAAAAAUAUCGACCCCAGUCAGAGCUCAUCAACCAGAUACUCAUCGACAAGUUAAAGGCGGACUUGCAGCAGACUCGGGGCACUCGUCACUACAACGUGCGUCGUACAAACAGCGAUCUAGGUGGUCAGAGACUUCUCCAGUGGGACACACGUGGGUACAGCACGGCCCUCCAGUACAGACGAAUGCUAUCAACCCCGUCUCCCAUAAAGACACGACCACCAAGGCUCAGUCCGAGACAUUCCUCCCACGACAUCGUUACGCUCAGAAGUAACGCAAAAGGGAGAAACUCUCGAACGAAUCUGAGACGUUCGCUGAGUCAGCCACUGGGAAUAAAUCAACUGUCACCACUCAUGCGCACCAAAACUGCAGGUGCGAGAUUUCCCGGUGGUCAUGUCCUAUCAGAGGACGAACACGAUCUGAGGUGUGGAGGAAGCGGUGGUAUUGGUAUUGGUACGUCUGAUGACGAGAUGAUGUCGGAUUCUGAGUCAUCGAUUGCCUCUCUGACGGAGAGGAAGAAGUCUUUUGAGCAAGCCAUGGAUGAAGAGUUAGCGAUACUUGCGGAGGCUGUGUGGGAUCAUGUGGCUAUUGAGCCUGAAGAGCUUGCAUUCCGGGCUGGGGAUCUUAUUGAUGUGCUUGACACACUUGAUAAGGAUUGGUGGUGGGGCAGUUGCCGAGGUGAACAUGGAUGGUUUCCCGCCGCAUUCGUCAGGUUACGAGUCAGCCAAGACGAGACGGUGGAAGAUCGUCUGGCGGCGAUGGUGUCAGGUACUGAUUCUACUCAAUCACGCAGACGAGCGAGCAUCUCGUUGCUGUCGAAUGAACAAGUGAGGAGCAGUGUUGUACGUGAACUCGUUCAAACUGAAAGAGACUUCGUUAAAGUCUUGAGGGAUGUGGCAGAGGGGUACGUCGCCGAAUGUCGCAGGAGAGUGGAUAUGUUUACUGAGGAGCAGAUCGACACGAUAUUCAUCAAUAUCGAGGAUCUCCUGGAGUUCCAGUCAGAGUUCCUGAAGGAUCUCGAGGCGAGAAUCGACUGGAAUGCGCCCUACAAAAGCUGUGUAGCUGAAUGUUUUCUUAUCCAUAGAAAUGGUUUUCGUAUGUACUCGGAGUACUGCAACAGUCACCCGAUGGCGAUGGUAACUCUGCAGGAGCUCUACCGACACAACCGUUACAGUAAAUUUUUCGAGGCCUGUCGAUUGAUGCGCGGUCUCAUCGAGAUCCCCCUGGACGGUUAUCUACUGACACCCGUCCAGAGGAUCUGCAAGUAUCCCCUGCAGCUGGCUGAACUCCUCAAGUAUACAAAAACCGAUCACCCAGAUUAUCACAAGAUACGAGAGGCCCUCGAUGCUAUGCGAGCAGUGGCUGUCCUGAUAAACGAGAGGAAGAGGCGGAUGGAGAGCCUCGAGAAACUCGCUGCUUGGCAACUGCGACUAGAAGGAUGGGAGGGCGAAGACCUCAUCGAGGUGUCCUCACAAUUGAUCUACCAGGGUGAUGCUGUAAGAGUUACGACUGGAAUGUGGACAAACAACAUAACUUUAUUCUUGUUUGACCACCAGCUGGUUUAUUGCAAGAAGGAUAUAUUGAAGCGCGAUACGUAUAUUUAUAAGGGACGAAUUUAUCUCGAUACUAGUGAAGUCAUUGAUGUGCCUGAUGGAAAAGAUCACCAAUUGGGAGUGACGGUGAGACACUGUCUGAAAGUGUACAGCUGCGUGCGAGAUAAGUGGCUGCUGUUCUGCUGCAGAUCAGCUGAGGAGAAGCGAAAAUGGUUAUCAGCGAUGGCAGAAGAGCGUCGUCUAGUAGAACAGGAUCGUAACGAAGGCCUGGAGUUUCCAGCAGCGGCUCGUCAACUAGCACGUCUGGCAGCAACAAGACAACAGCGUUGCCGACCACCAAUAAAGCCCCGCAAUAAAACUUACAAGCACGAGGCAUACGAGAUGCCAGUAUUCCAAGCAAACUCGUCCAAUUCUCUCGGUCGAAAAGUUGGCACAUGGUUCACAUUUGGCAAUAAAAAAGGUACGAGAAUGCGACCAUCCUGAGCCAGGCCCACCUUCGUGCCCUACAUCGACUUGUGAUUGAGUUAUUAAUAUUAAAUAAAUGGCACGGAGGUGGCUAUUUCCCCACUGAAUAUAUUUAAAAAAAAAAUAUCUGAACAAUUGUCAGACCCAGCAAAUUGUAGACGUAUGAGCACAAUUGUUGAUUAUUAAAUUGAAUAGUCAUAAAAAUUAGUCUGAGAAACAACUCGAAUGCAACGACAUCAACCAACGCCAAAGCCGCUUAAGAAUUUUCAAGAGUCUGUAGAACUAGCCACUUCGUUUGUAGAUGACAGUAAUUUUAGUCGAGCAAACGUUAUGACAAUAGAGACGUCGAGGCGGUACCUUUGUAGCUCCAUUAGCUAUUUUAGUAUACUGAUUGUAAGCGAAUACAUUAAUGGUUGUACUUAAUAUAACAUAAUCAGAUUAAUGGGAAUAUAACGUCAACGAAAUGAAACGCGUUUUAACGAAAGAACUUCCAACGUUUACAUCUUUCAAAGACUGAGGGCAAAGUUGAAGGAUUACGAUAGGAAGAUUCAAGUGAGGAGCUAUUCCAUCCUAACUAUCGACUGCCUGUUACUUCUGCGCAAUAAUAGUGCACCGAAUAUUAUUAUGAAUUAGUGAUGAUGAGUGGGAGAGGCACUGUCGCACCUUCUAAUGAUCACAGCACUUCAUGAUCUUUUUGGAGGGGAUUUCGAGUGCAUUGGGAAGUUUUUGAUAAUGAGCUGAUAAUGUUCGGGAGAAAGUCAAUCUGUCACUGCCAGUUUUAAAGAAUCAUUUGGAUGGAGACGGACUGGUGAUUGAGGGGAAUCGGUGAGUGGGUGGAGUUUAUUAUUUUAAAGCACAUUAUAUUUUCUAUAGAGGUUGUGAACGAUUGUUAAAAUAUCGUGGGUUAUCGAGCAUCUUGGAUAUUCCUAAAUAGACACGCACAUCUUUUUACGAGAAUAUAAGGGACUAUAUUAUGACGUAAAGGUUUGGGAGCUGAUGUCGCUCAUGUAGCGGUGGAAAAAUUCUGGACGAGCAGUGAAUUUUCUCGUUUUCUUCAGGAUAAGGAUUAGUAGAUGAGGAGAUGACAAUAUAAAUUGAUUGGGUAGUGAAUUUUUUCUUAUCGAGUAAGAAGUGUAUAAAUAGGAUUUAAUCGUGGGAACAGGAGUUAAAUGCGUACAAUAUUUGUUGGCUGAACACAACUCUUUUCAGAGUUAUUUUUAUAGAUGAAAUUGUUGUACGAUUUAAUGUGGGGGGACCUCUUCGGGUUUUUGAGUGAAAUUUUUGUCUCGAUAGGGAGGAAAAUUCAGGAUUUAUUUUUUGGCAUUUGAUUAUCAUUUUUGUCUGAUGGGAUGAUUUCAUCCAAAGACCCGAUGGAGAGGAUUCGAUCCUCAGAAUGAGAAUUAUUUAUUGUGGGAGAUACUGAUAAUCCCAGUUAUGAUUAUUAUAUCGUAAAAUUAGAAUCCAUCAGUCCAAAAAUUAGAGGGGAUCGAAUAUUCCCGCAUAUCUUGUUUGGAAAUCGGAAAUCACAGGAAAAAUAGUAGAAAUUAGAGGAAUUAGAAUGGAAAUUAUAACUAUUGACAGGACCUAAUGAGUUAUUCCUGGAAUGCACAUGUGCAUUUCUGUGUACAUAUUGGUUAAAUGUAUUGGAUAGUUGUAAAUAAAAAUGUAGUGAUGCAGUAGUGACGUAGGUGUGACAGUCUACUUAUGUUCUCCGACUGUUUUGUUCCAUAUGCUGUUGAGACAAAGUUAUUGUUUGUCCGGAUAAUUUAUGUAUACAUGUGGAAUGGAGAAUUUGUUCGAUUGUUUUCCCUUAUGGUGUACAGUUUAAUCAUUUGAACAUGGCAUUACUAUUGUUAAAAGAUGAUUGUUUUCAUAUUGGAGAGGAAAAUAUAUAUGAUAUAUAUUUACACACAGGCACACAUGAUAUACUGAGUUACACAUGUGUAAAUAAACAUUUUAUAAUUCAA